AAUGAACAAUUGUGGCGACACUAUGAACUUGGCCACUCCAGAAGGAAACGAGGACUGAUUAUACAAUGAUGAAAAAGUUUCAGAAUAUUGACUAUAAAUAGAUAACAACAAAUAUUAUAUGACUCACCAACGAUAAGUUUAUUGACAAGAAAAAGAAAACACCAACUUUAAGAAAAGGAAGGCAAAACCGAAAGAAAUGGCAAAGAACAUCAACUCAGUCAGCAUCACCGUUCUCUUGUUCGUCCUCUUGGUGGCUUCCACCGAAAUCCUCAAGAGCGAGGCUCAAACAUUUUGCUUGGAGUGCGGACCGGUGCCGUUCCUAGGUACAAAUGCUGAUUGCUUUAACUGUUGCAAAACCAAAUACGGGAGUCCUCCUGUCGUUAGUGGCGUUGUUGAUGGAAGUGAGACACACUGUCAUUGCUAUUGUUGAUCCUUGAAAUAACCUCAUGCAGUCACCAUGUGUAACAUUUGUUUUCAGUCCGUGACAUGUCUGUUUGUUUAUGCUCAAACUUCUUUUGCUUCCCAAUAAAACAUCAAGGGCAAAACUUAUCACUGCUUUGCCCCAAGUUUAUGCCUAUGUUGCGUGUACUUUUGUUUCAUUAUGAAUACAAAAAGUUGUUUUGUGUUUGUA